AUGGCGCAGAACCAAGCCGUCAAGACCAUCGAGGCCGGCGUCGCAAAGGUCGUCGACGCGCCCGUCCCGAAACUGCCCCGCGACGACUACAUCCUCGUCAAGACCACGGCCGUCGCCAUCAACCCGACGGACUGGAAGCACGUCGACCUCGCGGACAAGGCGGGCUGCGUCGGCAUCUGGGUCGGGUGCGACUACGCCGGCGUCGUCGAGGAGGUCGGCCCGGGCGUGACCAAGGACUUUAAGAAGGGUGAUCGGAUCUGCGGGCCCGUUAACGGAUCAAACGCCUUGAGAGAGAUCGACGGCGCUUUCGCAAAGUACAUCGCCGUCAAGGGCGACUUGCAGAUCAAGACGCCCGACAACAUCUCCGACGAGGAGGCCGCUACCCUCGGCAUCGCCGUCACCACCGUCGGCCAAGGCCUCUACCAGACCCUCAAGCUCCCGCUGCCCGACGCCCCCGCCAAGGAGCCCAAGACGAUCCUGAUCUACGGCGGCAGCACGGCCAUGGGCAUCUCGGGCAUCCAGUACGCCAAGCUGUCCGGCUACGACGUCAUCACCACGGCCUCGCCGCACAACUUCGACUACCUCAAGGAGCUGGGCGCCUCGGCCGUCUUCGACUACAAGUCGCCCACCGUGUCCGAGGACAUCCGGAAGCACACGGGCGACGCGCUGACGCUGGCGUGGGACUGCCAGUCCACCCUGGAAUCCGCGACGCUGGUGGCCAAGGCGCUGUCUUCGACGCAGGAGGGGCUCAUCGGCACGCUGCUGCCCGUCGACAAGGCCAAGGUGCGCGAGGCCAACGACAAGGUCGACGUGCAGAUGAGUCUGUAUUACACCGUGUUCGGGGAGGAGUUUGGGUACUUUGGCAAGCGGGACGCGGUGCCGGAGAACUACGAGUUCGGAAAGCGGUUCUGGGAGCUCAGCAGGGGAUUGCUGGCCGAAGGCAAGCUGAAGCCGAUCCGGGUGAUCAAGAACCGCGGCGGCGAGGGCUUGGAGGGCGUCAUUGUGGGACUGAAGGAGUUGAAGGAGGGCAAGGUCAGCGCGGGCAAGCUUGUUUACACCAUCUGA